ACAGGAAAUCGAUGGAGUGUAUGGAGUUUGCUGCUUCGGGAAGACGCCACCGUAAACCUAUCACCGACCAGCGUGCACGAUCAAUACCAACCAUAGUAUAUCGUCGUAACUCUCUCCAGUAGGCCCUCCAUGUUUAAAUGCUAAGUGACCGUUGAGAAUACACAGGCGUAACGUUCUGUCACGCACGAUAUUCGUGUUUCUGUCGCGUUCAUAUUUCUCACACAAUAUAUAUUUGUCGUUUCAAUUCCUGGCACGCCCAAAUCAACACGGCAUGCUAGCUGACGAUCUUUGUCAUAGUGAUACACUUGAAAGGGUACAAGUUAACAGUGGCCGGCGAACUUUAGGAACACUUCAACCAUCAGCAGGUGAUCACGCUGUGCUAGUUGGUUCUGGUGGAAAGCUUCGGGUCGACAUCAAGAAAGUGGAUACCAAACGCCGUCGGCUCAAUUUCGACUUGGAGAACAAACCGCCCUCAGCAGUGGGCUCCGGAGUGAUUGGGUCAAAUUUAAAGGCCUCUGCGAGCCCGCGCUGCAGCCCAGUCUCCCAUCAAGAACAGCAGCAUGCUAAUCUUGACGUCUACGUUGACGUAAGCAAUGACUCAAAUGCGAGUAGCACUCCUCGGAGAAAUGCUGAACGCAAGAAUCCCAACAACACCGGAUCUGCCGUAGUCUCCCGUGAUGCGUAUGAUCUUCUGUUACGCGAUGAUGCUACAGUAGACUACUGGAGAAUGAUAGCAGAACAACGGCGAGUCGCUUUAGAGAACGCUUUGAAGGAGAACAGGCAGCUCCAUGAGGAAGUCGAAGUGCUGACCGCUGAAAAUAAGCAUUUGCAAAAGAUUGCCGACCACUGUGGCGAACUGGCGGAACUCGUCAAGGCACUUACUGCUGAUGAUGAUGAAGGUGACAACGACGUGAAUGGCAACGAAGAAGAAACCCCAAAUGAGACGAAUGAAUCAUAAUUGUCAUUAACGUACGUAAGAGGACAAGUGUUGCUAUAGAGAGCAUCGCUGACGUCAAAGCCGCAGCUGGGAAAGAAGCAACAUGAAGCGUAAGGCGAUCCGACUUCGUACUUCAUCACUGUAACAUCAUCAAUCAUGCCUCAGUUAUAUUUAUUAAUACUGAUGGUAGCAUUAGUAGUGUAGAAGUGUCUACACAUCUGAGUGUUCCGUUUAACUUGUAUUAGGUAAUGAUGAUACGUCUAGCGAAGUGUGUGUUUGUGUUGUCUAGAUCGUACAAAAAAUGUGCGAAAAUUUUAAAUGAAAAAUGUAUGUGCUAUUAUACCCAAAAACUCGUUUCGAACAUUCAGGCUGACUUGCAAUUUCCUGCUUUAUUCAUUUCAAGUUCGAAUAGAAAAACCGUAAUGGACGUUGUGCUCUUUCAAGGUAUGACGUAUUUCAGGGUCGCCUAUGAUAGACUUGCAGUGUACCUAUUGUGAAAAUGCCGAGUUGCUCUUGAUAAUAAUGAAGAAAACUACGUAAUAUUUGUAACUUCUACAAAGCUACCGUUUGUUAUCGCAGAAUUUUAGCAGGUGCGAUAGAGGCAACACAGCUUGAAGAUGUGUGAAGCGCCAUUACCCUUUUGAAAUCAAAUAGGGUUUAAUGCUAUUAUUCUUGACAAACACCUGAAAAGAUUCUUGGCACUACUGCGCCAUGGAAUUUCUACCGCAACUUCGUGAUAACCAAAAAUAUCUAAAAAAUGAAUAGUAGAUAAGUAUGAAUUGUAGUAGGUAGAGCUAAUGGGGUAACUAGAUAUAAGUAUCUGAAGCAUACAUAAACUGAGAAGCACCAACGGAGAGGCUAGUGUUAACGGUACUUCAGUGCUGAAGUAAAAUGUAUUUUCUAAUUACCUACUCAUUAAUAUUAAUGAAAUAGUAAUCAGGAAUUUGGCUUUUUAAAAUUGCAAACACAACUAAACUCCAACUGACAGAGUAUCUGUGCCUAAGCAUUUGUAAAAAGCGAACAAAAUUUAUCUGCUUCAUUUCUUUUCCUGUUAAUUAUUUGCAUAAAACCCCUGUGUGCUUAAAUGAAACUGAUGAAAUCUUGCAAGUAUUAAUCCAGCUGCCAUCAAUAACCGGCAACGGUUUUCCACAACUAAAAUGUACAUAUUAUCAUAGAGAAAGACCGUGAAACUAUGUUAAUGAAAAACCGCAGAAAUACGAAAAUAUGUUAUGUUAAGUUAUCCGUACUACAUUUUGUUAAGGUAUUAAGUGACGGGUCGUCUAAUGCAAAUGAUUCACUGUACCGGUAUUUAUGGUACAAUGGGAAUACGCGGGGAGAAUGAUUAAGCGUGUGGGGCAAGUGAAAUAAAAUGUAUAUGA